CGAAACCGCUUUAGUUCCGCUGCGAGUGCCAUUCCGUUCGGUUCUGUUUCAAUAAAUUCGCACAAAGUAAAUGGUUUGACUUCGGUAAAACCAGUUUUGCGGGGGACAGUAAGGUGGUUAAGCAAAUUUGUUAUCAUGCUUAGUACCUUCGGUAGUUGUUUAAAGUGAGAUUUUGCGCCGAAAAGUUGUAAGGAGCGCCUGGUGCAAAUAAUUCACGCAAGAAUUGUGUUGUGAAAACUUUGAGUACCAGGCUUGCCUCACAAAACGAAAAACAAGCAGUAGUGCUGAGUCACAGGGGAUUCGUGAAGGAUGGAAGAAAUUUAGGUGCAAACUACAGAAGUUCUAAAAGUACGAACCAAGUGUCCGGAACCUGAUUAGUAUGUAUAUCAGUUCGAGCGCUGUCAACAGUUUCCCUCAGCAGGCUUUCGAGCACGAAGUGAUUAAGUAUAAAGAUAACGCGCAUUUUCAUUAAGGAUUAGAGCUGUACUCGAAAGUUUUACUUCUUGCAACGCUGCGUUGUAUAAGCUAGUGGUGACAAAAAUAGUGUACGUGCAGCACUAUGAAUCACUAAUACGGGUAACAUGAGAUGUUAUAAGUGGAACAUCGAGUGAGAUAUAGUGACGAAACCCUUCUGAAGAAAAAAGUUAUAUUCAAUUGAAUUUGAGAUAGAUUUAUCGCGCAACGUGUUUUAGAAGCCAUUGGAUUUUAUAAAAAAAAAAUUGUCCGAAAUAAAUUUGGAUACCCACGACAGAAAAGUGUUUCCGGACUGAAAUAAGCAUUGUGCAACUUCUUCAUCUCGAAUUUGUGUGAAUGAAAUAAUAUAGUGAACCAUUUCUCAAAUCUGGAUAACUUAAAUUUAUUCUUCAGUGAGCGAAACCGGUGGAAUCUGUGCAGCGUUGGCGCCUCUAGUCGACACACUAUGGCGUAACCAAACUGGAAUAACAAUUGCAUUUAGUUUGCGUUGUGUAUCCGCUAACAUCAGGCCUCUGGCAGGGGGAAACAUACACUAUCACUGGGAAAACAAAAAGAUCACAUGAGUUCUAUCAUCGUGCAGAGAAAAAGCUUUGAGCUAACAUCCGGUCGUACAAAAAUAGCAGCAUCCUCACCAGGAGCAACAAAGUCAGUAAGGAUAUCUUAUACGUGCCGCAACCGAUACGGCAGCUGCAGGGCUCCGACGGUAGAGGAAGUGAGAAAAAGGCUGAAAAUGAGGAUGAACAUUAGAUCGAUGAUGUGCUUCGUGAUAUUUCUGCUGGUUUCCAUCAUGAAUUAUGGACUCUGCAUCGCCCGGCCCGACCCGUUUAUUUCUACAAUCGAUAUAGACACGCCGACCGUAGCUCCAAAAUUUAUGACCCGAGGCCACCUCUACAAAGCUAUCAUAGGGGACUCGAUCGAACUUCCGUGCAAGGUGAAAGACCUGGGAUCCUACGUGCUAUUAUGGCGCCGGGGGACAUCGGUGCUCACGGCAGCUAAUUUAAUGGUGACACGUGAUCCGCGCUUCAAGUUGGUCGAGGGCUACAAUCUGCAAAUAGCGAACGUGAAAAUUCAGGAUGCUGGCGAUUAUAUUUGCCAGAUCGGUGAUAACGAGAGUCGGGAUCAGGUGCACACUUUGGAAAUUCUCGUGCCACCGACGAUACGAGUAGUGCCACAAAAUCGGCAAAUCACCGCCCGAAAAGGGAGCACCGUGACACUCGAGUGCAAAGCAUCAGGAAAUCCGGUACCGGCCAUUUACUGGCACAAAAAGGAUUCAUUCACGGGUGCAUCACAUCUGUCGGAGGGUACUACAUUGAUUCUAGAGCGAGUGGACCGUCAUCACGCCGGUAUAUAUCAGUGCAUGGCGGACAACGGCGUCCGAGAAGCAGUGAACGCUGAUAUCGAAGUAACGGUACUGUCUCCACCAGACAUUACGGUAGAAAAAACUUGGGUACACGCCAGUGAAGGAUUCGAUAUAGAUCUGAUGUGCACAGUCCACGGGGAUGUCAACUCUGAGAUGCUAUGGUACCAAAAUUCAUUUCUACUGGAUCCCACCGAUCGAAGAUCUAUGUACUCCAAAGGCGACAAGUACACACUGAACAUCAGAAAUUUUCAACAGUCUGACUUUGGUAAUUACAGUUGCGUUGCGGACAACGCACUCGGCCGGACGAAAAAAUAUAUUGAGGUGUCUGGUCGACCCGGGCCAGCGAAUUUUUUGUCACCAGCCUACAGCACACAUCUCGACCGAUAUAAUCUGACGUACACCAUAGAAUCGAUACCACCGUUGGACGAGAUCAAGCUGCUGUACCGUAAGUUAAUGAUGAAUGAAACGUAUCAACAUCCUGGAAACUGGGAGGACACGAUUCUAGUACCAACAUUAGCCCGCUCUGAUCCAACACAUUUUAUUAUGUCGCAUGUGAUAAAAGGUUUAUCGCCAAACUCAGUGUAUGAAGUUAUGAUCCAGGCGCGAAAUAUGCACGGAUGGAAUGAGAUCAGUGACAUUCAUCAGUUCUACACACGGAAUUACGAGCUGGCCUUGAACGAGCUUGAAUUCGUGAUGAGUUCAAUCUCCAACAGCAAUGCCGCCCGAUGGGUGUUUAGCCCGGUUGCUUUUUAUUUAUCAACACUGACUGCUGUGCUGGUUCAUUAGCUAUCGAAUAUCUACCCGGUUAUUUUAUGAGUGACAUCAAAACCAUUUUGCUUUGUCUAGUAAUUACAGAUACUGAGAGGUAGAUCCAUAAGUGAUAACUUUACCCAAAUACUCCAUGUAUCACCUGUGAGCGAAAGUAAGUUAACCAGUCGCGUAUUUUAAAAUUAGACUCUUACCGUCUGCCAUCAACAUCCAAAUCAAAUGGGAAUAUUCGAUGAACUGCUAAAAACAGCACUUUUUAUUACCGAAAUACACUUAGCAGCUAAGGGUAAUGCAAUACAACUAGAAAACCGAUGUAGACUUUUGUAUCAAUUACGUGAUAUAUAAGUUAAGAUUAUCCAAAGGGAGGGCAAUAAAAACCUAGUCCUAGGAUUAUUUGCCAUAGUAAAAUCAACCGUAGUAUUAAGUAACACAUUGAGCAAAUUAGGAGUCCUUGAUGUUCAGAACAUUUGCUGAAAUUUUAAGAUUUUUGUAUAUAGAAUGAAUGAUCACAGAAUUUUCAUAAAAACCCGAACCAUACAGUGAAUUGGGUGUGCGAAAAACGUCCAGUAGAAAAAAAGAUUAAUGAUACCUACUCAAACUAGCAAUUCAACCGACUGGUAAACUGAAUAAAAGAAUGGUUAGUGUUCUUAGUGAAACUGUGAAAAACAAGUGAUUUGAAUUAUGACUAUUAGUCGUUGUAUCUGUAUAUGUGUGUAGCCGUUUAUGCAUGCAUGGUGUUAACUAGGACUGCAAUAGGUAAGUUUAAAAAAAUCGGUAAUGGUUUCCACUAUUUGAAACCAAAUACAAGAAAGUACACGCGGCACGGUACCGGGGCAUUUCUCUUCUUGAGAUGAAUUGAAAAAUCCUUUAUGUGAGUUCAUUACAUGUUUUAUAAAACUCUGUCUAGGGUAAGCAAUCAAUUUAAGGUAGCUUAUGCAGCCUCCUGUGCACUGAAACGAAAUAUUCGAAAUGUGUAAAGUGUUAUACGAACGUAAAUCCAGUCUGCAGCGAGUUUUCUUCAGUACCUAGGAAAUUGCUACAAUUUUGAUUGAUUUCUUCCGAAUUUACUUUUUUCAAAGAUUUUUCUGUGGUGAACGGUAUUUCAUGCAUUCGCAAGAUAGCUAGUUGAUCAGAGUUUUCGUUCCCGUCUUCGAAAUUGUCGAUAUUGAUCAAAGUUCAAGAGCUGGAGCCCGUUCUUUUCAACUUAUGAAAAUUGUAAAUCCGUGACAAAUCUGUUUCUUACCCUAUACUAGUUUAAUGUAUUUGAUAUUUGAUGAUUGAUUAGGUUACUAAUAUUAUUAAAAAAAUAUUUUUUUUGUUUUAAUUUCAAUAAUAAAAAAAUUCUAUUAGAACAAUUCUGUAGGCAACUAAUUAUUGUUUAGGUUUCAUUCAACAACAUCAUAGUUGUUUUUGAUUAGUUAAAAAUAUGUUACAUUUUUGCCUUUCUCCUAGAAAGGUAUAGCAAUCACUUGCAAAACCGAAAGUAUAAAAGUGCUCCAAAGGGCCGAAUGGCAUAUAUCACUCGACUCAGCUCGACAAGCUGAGCAUUUUCUGUAUGUGUGUGUAUGUGUGUGUGUGUGUAUGUGUGUGUGUGUGUGCAGAUUUUUAUACUCACUCACUUUUAUCAGAGAUGGCUGGACCGAUUUUCAUGAAAUUAAUUGCAAAUGAAAGGUCUCGUUGUCCCAUAAGACCCUAAUUAAUUUCAUUGUAUUCGGAUGUUUAGUUUGGAGGUUAUGUAUCAAAAUGUAAAAAUCAUGAAACCUCAUUAUCUAAAAAACUACACAACCGAUUUGAACAAAAUUAGAUUCAAAUGAACGGGCUACCUGAAAAACCCUUAAAUUUUGAAUUUCAUGAAGAUUGGACUUGUGGUUCAAAAGUUAUGACAAGUAACGUGUUUUGAAGACUACUUAAUCUCACUCAUGUUUCUCAGAGAUGGCUGAGCCGAUUUUAAUAAAAUCAGUGUCAAAUGGAAGGUCUAGUUGCCCCAUAAGACCCUAUUGAUUUGUUUUGCGAUCAGACUAUUACUUUGCCUGUUAUGUUUAAAAAUGUGAAAUCCAGCUAUGAAAAGGAACAUAUUCCGAAGACUACUUGAACUAACUCACUUUUCUCAGUGAUGUCUGACCCGAUUUCUACAGAAUUAGUGUCAACUAAUAAGUCUAGCUGCCUCGUAACACCCUAUUGAAUUUUACUGUAAUCGGACUGUAACUUCGUCUGUAAAGUACCGAAAUGUGGAAAUCACGAAACUUCAUUAUCUCAGAAACUACACAACCGAUUUGAUCAAUAUUAAUAUCAAAUGAGCGGGCUAGUUAAGGGUUAACCGAUGAAUUAUGAUUGAACACGUGGUUUCGAAGUUUGGCUGCCCUAUACGUUCCCAUUUCAUUUGGUUAUAAUUGAACUUAAGCCAUUGUUAUGUAUUAAAUUUUUAUCAAAACAACGAAAGCCUAUUAUUUAAAAGAUUACAUGACUAAUUUGAACAUAACUAGUGUCAUACGAACAAGUUAUCUCUCAAACUUACAAAUAACAAACUUCAUAACAAUUUGAUAUGUAGCUCAAAGGUUAUGGAAGGAAAAGAAAUUCAAAGGCUAUUUGAAACUAUACCUGCCUUGAUCGAUGUAUGUGGCCUCAACAUAAUUUAAAUGUGGUGUCGUACUAUUUGAACGUUCCAAGUUCAUUGAUCCCUUGCGGUUUGUUUGAAGUCUGCAAAUGCACGAUAUGAUCAAAGUCAAAAGCCAUAGGAUAUGAUCAAAGUCAAAAGACAAAUCAUUUGAAAUGAUUGGUUUUAUCGAAAUGACAACAUCCUCGACUUUUGGCUUCUGUACAUCGCCCUAAUUCUGAAUAUAUUCAUAUUGGGUGGUAUUCGGUCAUUUUCAGCAAAUUUUCUGGCAUCAAUCUGACACCGGAAAUAGUCAUAUUGGGAGGUAUUUAGUUAUUUUGAUUGUUUUCCGGAAACUAACAGUGGUCGUCUUUAAAUUCAAAAUGGUGUCAAGGGUCAAUGUUUGGUUUCUAUGCAUCAUCUCGAUUACGGAAAUAUCCAUGUUGAGUAUUAUUUGGUCAUUUUCGACUGUUUCCUAUAAGUUGCCAUUUAGCGAUUCAAAAUGGUGCCUGAGGUCAAUUGUUAGCUCAUUGCAUCAUUCUGGUUCCAGAGAUACUCAUAUUGGAUGAUAUUUGGUUAUUUUAGGCUGUUUUCCAUAAACCGGAAGUCGCCAUCUUGGAUUUCAAAAUGGUAUUUAAAAUAAUUUCUGGCCUCUGAGCGUCAUUCUGGUUGAAGAAACACCCAUAUUGGGUGUAAUUCGAUCAUUUUCCGCUGUUUCCCAGGAACCGGAAGUCGCCAACCUAGAAUCCAAAACGGGGUCUGGGGUCGAUUUCAGCAGCUGUGUAUCAUUUGUUACCACUAAAGACAUGCACCUGCCAAAUAUGGUUCCAUUUAGUUGAUUAGUUCGCGAGAUGUGCAGAAAUUUGUGCAGACACAUGUGCUUCCUUAAGAGGGAUGGGCGUCGAACCAUUAUGGACAUAUUUUUUACCCUUUAAAACAUCCACAUGCCAAAUUCGGUUUCAUUUGCUUGGUUUGUUCUUGAGUUGUGCAGAAAUGUAUCUUUCAUUUGUAUUGGACCCCUCCUUUCCAGAAGAGGGAGGGGUCUCAAACUGUCAUAGGAACCUUUAUCGGCACUAAAAACCGCUACAUACAAAUUUUCACGUCGAACGGUUUGGUAGUUUUCGAGCCUAUAUGGAUCAGACAGACAGACAGACAGACAGACAGACCGGACUACAUAUUUAUAUGAAUAGAUUACAACAUCAACCUAAAGAGUGAAUAUACAUUUAUUGGAUUGAAGCGUUCAUGUAAAUCUAUUUUUACAAAUCAAAGUUUGAAUGAGAAAGGCUGGGUCUGACCGCUAGGUGGAUUAAUUUAGGUUUUUUUGUUUAUAUGCUACCAAAAUUCUGCAGAAACCAUAUUUGGAUAACCGAUACCAUUCAUCCUUGAAACAUGGUAAAGAUAACAGAGUAUUCACUCUAAACUUUCAAAGAACUAUUAAUUUUAUCAAUUUAAAAAGCAGUCCAGGAAAGAUGUUUCCUUGCUACUUUACCCAUUACGUCGUUUGCGACUAUGACCGUAUUUACGAAGAGACAUAUUCUAAACAGUCAAGUGCAUGAAAAACUUUUCGCCCCGUUACUUUUCUACAUCUCAUAGUUUUAACAGCGCUUUUAGAAUGGUGGGUUGAAACUUCCCUUUAUUGUUGUUGGAUCCUAACCCACCAACGAGGUAUGGCGGUGCAAGAAAAUGCGGUCAAAGUUCGACUUUCCAAAUCCCGGUACCGUUUGCAAAGCUCAACGUAAAUAAAUAGAUGAAUGUGCUGAUGGUAGCGAGUAUUAGAAAAGCUUUCAAGGUAUCUCUCCUUCCGAGUCCUCUUUUCGCCCACACACUGUCAACAGAGAAUCGUGAUCGACCACGGCUGAAGGCUGGUUAGGUCUCAUAUUGUGGUAAAAACCGGGUUCUACAAUCUGUGAGGCGAUCAUUUGAUAAAUAUUUGAUUGAACUAAAGUGCCUUAUGGAUGAUUUCGUUUCUAUUCUUUUCGGUUCGGGGUUUUUACUGUGUGUUUAGAUAUAGAUACAAUAGUAAGGUGAAUAGACUAAUAAGUGCUUCUAAAUUGAAACCCGUUAUGCGGUUUGCUACUAGUAAGUAGUUGUCAAAGUUGGUGUUUUUUUGUAUCGUAAACUAUAACUAAGCUAGAGCAACCCUCGACAGUUCAUGUGAAUAGUUGUAUGUAUAGACUUAUAUUGUGUUCAUUGAACAACAUUUUGAAUAUAGUGAAUAUAAUUUAGGGAUUUAAAAUCGUUGUUUCCUUCCUGGGAAUACGAGUUUAUAAGCAAUUCCAUUUCUGUUCAUUUAUCGUAAAUGUAAACAACAAUUUUAAUUUCUUUGGCAAUAAUUUGGUAUUGGGAUUCGAAUAUAGAUUUGCAGGGACAAAACAUAGAAAUAAUGUGUAAAAUAGUUUUUUUUUUCCCGAUUUAACAAUCAGUUGUACAGACACACCCCAUAUAAGAGCAGAUUGCAAAAUGAUAUGGAAUGGAAUCACAUGAAUAUACUGUACUGAAGCAAUGUCAGAUUUUGACAGAAAUGCGAAGAGCAUAAAGCGUGCUAUGUGGUAUUCAUAUGAAUUAUAAAUGCAGCGACAUCUGGUUAUAGAUUAAUACAGCAAUUAGAAAGUAGAUUAAAUCACUUGUAAAUAUUUACCAUAUUACUGGAUUUAGCAAAAAAAAAAAAAAAUAAAUCUCGACAUUUCAUAAAAAGAAAAUA